UUGGAGGGAUACAUUUGAGUAGGGUCCCUGGUCUCUUGCCUCCAAGAGUCAAACCUGUGUGUUUAGGCCAGUGGUCCCCAAACUGCGCCCUUUAAGAGAUUUGGGAUGUCAGCUCUCAGAAGCCUCAUCCCUGUUGGUCAAGAGUCUGGGAGACGAAGCCCAAAACCAUUUGGGGAUCACUGGUUACAUUAUGAUUAGUUUUAAAUGCUGGGUUUAAUAGGGAAACACAUCAGCUGUUGCGGUUGGUGGGGAUUCUCUCUGCUGUGGCUUUGUAAGGUUUUCUGCCCCUGGCAUCCAUUCUAAGCAUGUUGCUGUAGAAACGUCUGGAGGGAAUGUUCAGGAGGUGGCCCAGCUUGGCAGCGGAGGAGGAGCAAACUGAAACGUAAACUCCAAGCAGAGAAGGUGGUCAACUAUGGACCAGUAUCCAUGUGACGACGGUUCCCUCCAAUCUGAGAUGCAGCUUCAUGAGUUUUCAGGGAAUCAGGCUUUGGAUUGUAAUGAUACAUUCAGCCAUGAUUUAUGCCCAGAUAUGAGAGACAUGAUUUAUUCAGGACUGAACAACGUGGAUGUGGAUCCUAGCCUUUCAGCUACGAAUAUCAAUAACGACUCUUUGGAGGACAACCUGGACUCACUGUCUUUGUAUUCGGUGAAGGAUUGCGAUUCUACUAAACUCCUAGAUGACUGUGACACAGAUUCGCGGCCACUUUUGCACGAAUUAGGGCUUCCUGCCCCUUCAGCACCAAAAGAAGCGGAGCAAGGAGGCAGAUCCAGCUCUGGCAAUGGAAAGAAAGGCAAGAACCAGCAAAGCUCCCCUCAAGCUCCUUUUCUGGAUUGCAGCCUCUGUGGGAAGGUUUUCAGCAGCACCAGUUCACUUAGCAAGCAUUAUGUGACUCACAGCCAGGAACGGAAGCAUGUCUGCAAGAUCUGCAGCAAAGCAUUUAAGCGGCAGGACCACCUGAGUGGUCACAUGCUAACCCACCAAAAAACAAAGCCGUUCAUGUGCAUAGAACAAGGUUGCAAUAAGAGUUACUCAGACCAUCGGUCUCUUCGGCGGCAUUAUGAAAUGCACCAUGGUUUGAAGUUGUUAAAGGAUGAUGAUGCUUCUGAAGGUGCCCCUUCUCCACAUGAGUCCCGAAUCCAGAUGGGAUCCAACAACACUAGAACUGCAGAGAGACUGGCUGUUCAUCCUGAACCUCAAGCCCCUAAUGAUUUCCUCUUGGCCAACAGAGACUUGUUGAGGUGUAUUGUCAGUAACUUUGUUGGCCAGAAGUUUCCACCCGCUUCUUCACCCUCGGUGGGACAGAAUGAACCAAACUCCAGGAGAUCCUUGCAAGCUUGCACCUCCCUUUGUGGGCAGAUUUCCUGUGUUCCCACAAGUUCUGCUAUGCUCAUGGAAACCACAGGUGAUACAGAAAUGAAGGAACUUUAUUCUUGUCAAAAGAAUACAACGUCUUCCAGUUUCUAUACCAUCAUUAAUCCUGGAAAUGUAUCUGUACUUGGGCCAGCAGAGAACACAAAUUUGCCAGACCGACAGCCACAUUCAGACCCUCCCUUCCCUUUAGAAGCCACACCCAUGGAGUAUUGGUCAAACAGUGGUAUUCCUCAUUUCCCGUUAUUCAGAGGCCAAAAGAUUCCUGCUACUUCUCACCAGUCAAGCGGCAGCUUCCAGUGGGUUAGAAAUGUGCCACCAGCUUGCACCAAAAGCAAAGGCAGUGGUGUUUAUGUUGCUCAGAUGUCAUCUGCUUCAGGUCAAGACAUUUCACAAGGAGUUGGGGGGACUUCCCCUGCUUUUGAUUCUUUGUCACAUAACAUUGACCAUCCAGAUGUUUUAUCCUUCAGCCCACUCUUAAAAACACAAGGGGAAAUCUCUGGGGAGCCAAAGCUCAGUGGCUUUGAAGAGACUUUUAGGUCAGGAACAAGGUUUCCAGAUGCUCCACAGCAAGGUGUUCUGCAGAAGAGUGAAACAGGGCCAGUCUUCAGGCAACUGUUUAUGAAAUCGCAAGAAUCUUCUGUGAACCAGGACAAACUACAAGUUCAGAGUCACCUGUUCCAGAGGAUCACCAAAUCUCAGCACAUCGUGUCUCACACCCAGAUUUCUGCUCCAUCGCAGCUAGUAGUUGGGGAGACUGAGCAGGUAGUAGCGAAACCACACCAGAGCAUGUUGCAGCAGCAGCAGACUGAUUUACUUCACUCAGUUACAGAACCAACAGAAAGGGAACAAUCUCCUAUACAUGCAAAAAAGGCCUUGGCCCAAUUUCAGAAGGACUUCCCAUCUGAAAGUGAAAAAGAAGGGCAGCACUCAGCUACUGUUCUGCAGCCCUUUCAGCCAUUUUCUGUACAACCUGUAAACUCGGACAGCAUUUCUCAUGCAAAGCAGGCCAGGACCUUGAAGGCAGGAUGCCUGGGAUUCAAAGACUUCUCUAACCCUAGCCAGUCACUAAUGUAUGAAUCCACUCCAGGAAACCACACUUAUGGGAAACUGAGCCAGUUAGAGAAUGGCUCUCCUGGAUCAAGGAAGAAAGAGAAGAGCAAAGCUUCUACCAAAGAAUCAGGAGGCAAAGGGCAUUCUCGAUGUGGUAGACCCCGUCGGAAAGAGAAGCCAAAGUUCGACGUGUCUUCUGUAGCUUCUCCCAGUCAAGUGGCCAUGGCAUCCUUCUCCUUGCCUAGUACCUCAUUUGACAAUGGGGCCAGAGGGAAGGCAAAGCUGCCUAUUUUCAACAGAAUUCAGGGUGGAAAUAUCUACAGUUAUACUAAUGCAGUGAGGGAAGAACACUUUUCUCCUGGAUGUGGUAAGACUGAGGGAGAUCCUGGAGACAAGAGUGAGCAUGGAAGCAACUUUGUUUGCACAACCUGCAGUCAGCUCUUUUAUACUGAGAGGGGCCUGAACAGUCAUAUGUGUUUCUAUAGUGAGCAGUGGCGGCCUCCACCAAUGAAGGAAAACCAGCAGGCAUGUGAGGCAGAAAAUUUACAAGCUCAGAAACUGUCCUUCAAGGCAGCAGGAGAUGGAGACACUACUUCUGAAAUCAAAAGGCCUUCAGAAGAUGUAGCUGUAGCACCUUUUGUAAUUCCCGUCUCAGUACCUGUAACAACUACAAAUCGGCAGCAAGAGGACAAAGCUGAUGAGAAGGAAAGCCAGGAUGAAAAGGAUUUCCAGGAAGGCAUGCCACCAAAGAAGAAGAAGAGGAGGACUUGCCCAAAGUCACUUUUCAUCCCACCACCUCCACUAGUCUGCAGUGAAAUACAACCUGGCACUGGAGGAUGCUACCAGAGUAACCUUCGCUCACCUGUCUUCCUCAUGGAUCACCUCCUGCAGGGCUUAGUCCAGUGCUCACCAUAUACACCUCCACCAAUGCUCAGCCCCAUUCGUGAGGGUUCAGGACUAUAUUUCAACACUCUUUGUUCCUCCUCUGCAAAUACUGCUACUACCAAUGCAUAUAGCUCAGUUUUAAAUGGAGUGGAUGGAGCCCUUUUGUUCUCCCUUGUGAAAGAUACCACCAAAAUCAGCAUAGAACCCCACAUUAAUAUUGGAAGUCGUUUUCAGGCAGAAAUACCUGACCUCCAAGACAGAUCAUCCAUGGAGAACUAUGAACAUCCUGCUUCGCUAGUCUGGAAGCCAUGGGGUGAUAUCACAACCAAUAAGGAAACACAGAAAAGAGUGACAGAUCUGUUAAAAUUGGCCUGCUCCAGUGCGAUGCCAGGAGGAGGGACCAACAUAGAGCUAGCUGUCCAUUGUCUGCAUGAAGCCCAAGGAAAUAUUUUGGAAGCGCUGGAGAUGCUGUUACUCCAAGGACCACAGAAGUCUCCUUUUCAUCCUCUCGCUAACUAUCAUUACUCAGGUUCACAUCUAUGGACUACAACUGAGAAGCAGUUGUUUAAGAAGGCCUUUGGCUUGCACAAGAAGGAUUUUUAUCUCAUACAAAAGAAGAUACAAACUAAGACUGUUUCCCAAUGUGUUGAAUACUACUAUAGCUGGAAAAAAAUACUAAAAUUUGACUGCAGUCGAACACAAGUGGUAGAAAAGAGGAAGAGAGAGCAGGAUGAGGUAGAAAUGGAUGAAGAAAAGAUUAUGUGCAGCCCAAAGAAAAAGCAAUGCCACCUGCCUAAACAGGAAAAUAAGCUAAAGCCAAGGACUUACAAAAAAGCAGCACAGAGCACCUUCAGCCCAACCUGCAGCCAGAAGGACAUUCUAGAUAGGCCCAGAAGCACAGACAGUCAGGGCGUAUUCCCAUGUAAAGAGUGUGCAAGAGUGUUCGAGAAGAUAAAAAGCCGGAAUGCUCACAUGAAGCGCCAUCGCCUCCAGGAGCAGAUGGAGCCAAUGAUAAAGAUUAAGUGGCCAACAAAGCAUCUAAAACAUGAGCCAAAGAAGGAAGAAAGAAACCCGGAUAUUAGUUUCCUACAGUGGUAACUGGGAAGGCACCGUUCCAAGGGUUUUGGUAUAUAUACAUGCAUAUAUAUAUUGGAGGAGAGGAUGGAAUAGACCAAUCACUGAGAAAUCACCAUUGUAUUUAGUAUCUUUUUUGGGACUGAUGUUUACACAGCUGCUUUUUGAUUCACUCCAUACUACUGUGGUUAUUGUUGUUUUGUAUGCACUCACAGCGUUGCCUAUUAAAUUGGGUUCCACAUCCAAA